UAUGCUGUAGGCUUUCGACAUCAGGCAUACACAUUAAGUAACACUAUAGACCCAUUAAAAUAACACGUUAACCUAUGUGUGGUGACACAUUUGACCAAUGAGUUGCAUGUUAUCAUGUCAGGAGUAGCAAUGACAUAAGCAUAGAGAGAAUUGUUUACAAUGGCAAGAAGGGAUUACAAUUCUGUUUUGAACCCAUUUGCGCAUGUUUUGAGAGAGAGAGAGAGCGCGGGCGAGCGAGCGACACCGGUGUACGUCUAGAAUACACAUGUGCAAAAAUACGCUGGUUUUGACAGAGCAGAGGCUGGCAUUUGCGCACCACUUCACCACGGAGGGACUCAAAUAAUUAUUCUUCACAAGAUAAUUCUCUAGUUUCGUAGAAGAUUUUCAAGAGUGAGCCUUUCUACAGACGGAGAAUGACCUAGAAGCCACCACUGCUGAGCCCAGCAGAGCAGGAUAUCAUUCUUGUGUGUGUAAGCAACAAGGUGUGUGACAGCAAACAGGGCUCCAGCUGCACCCGGGUCAAUUUGUCAAACAUGGAGGGCCACGUCACACUGCUGCCCCCCCUGCUGCUGCUCCUCUGUAGCCUGUCAGGGGUGUGGGGGUUCCCCUUCGGCCCCGUCCUUGACAUGGACGUCACCCCCAGGACCACGGUGUUCUCCCAAGGCCUGUUAGGUUGCCAGCGUUUCAGCAGCCCAUCUCAAAACUACAGCACACUACUACUGGAGGAGGACAAUGGGGUGCUAUACGUGGGGGCCAGGGGGGCUCUCUAUGCCCUGGACACCACCAACAUCUCCACUCCUGGCAACCUCACGAUUGACUGGGAAGCUUCGGCCGAGCAGAUGAAGCAGUGUCUCAACAAAGGAAAAGACAAUCAGACAGAGUGUUACAAUCACAUCCGCGUCCUACAGAGGUACAAUGAGACUCACCUGUACGUCUGUGGCACGCACGCCUUCAGGCCCCUCUGUGCUUACAUAGAUGUGGAGCGCUUCAGUUUCUCCUCUGGCUUCGAGGAGGGCAGGGACAGGUGUCCCUACGAUCCAGCCAAGGGCUACACCAGCCUCCUUGUGGACGGUGAGAUGUUCUCAGCGACCCAGUAUGAGUUCCGCAGCUCUCCGGACGUUCGUCGGAACUUCCCCUUCCCCACUCUGAGGACGGAGGAGGCCCCGACCAGGUGGCUGCUGGAGGCGGACUUUGUGGGCUCGGCGCUGCUGAAGGAGAGUGUCAACAGCUCGCUCGGCGACGACGACAAGAUCUACUUCUUCUUCACGGAGAGGAGCCAGGAGCAGAUGGCCUACCCCAGCCAGACCAGGGUGGCACGGGUUGCCCGCGUCUGCAAGGGUGACUGGGGUGGCCAGAGGACCUUGCAGAGAAAGUGGACGUCCUUCCUGAAGGCUAGACUGGUGUGCUCCGUUCCUGACUACGAGCUCCACCUGAAUGUGCUGCGUAGCGUCUUCGUACUGGAGGGCCCAGACGUACACAGCACCGUCUUCUACGGGAUCUUUGGCCUGGAAUGGAAAAAUGUCAAGGUGUCUGCGGUGUGCCAGUACUCCUUCACAGAUAUUCAGAGGCCCUUCGAGGGGCCUUACAUGGAGGUGCAGGAUUCCAAAUGGAGGGAAUAUAGAGGGAAGGUUCCGGUACCAAGACCUGGCUCGUGUAUCACAAACAUACACCGGUCCCAGGGCAUCAACUCGUCCCGUGACCUCCCAGACAACGUGUUGACCUUUGCGAGGCGCCACCCCCUGAUGUCUACACAGGUCCACCCCAUAGGAGGGCGCCCCCUACUAUUCAAGAGAAGUGUCAAUUACGUCAAGAUGGCCGUGCACCGGGUGGCAGCUCUGGACAGACACGUCUACACCGUGCUCUUCUUGGGAACUGACGACGGCUGGCUGCACAGGGCUGUGGAGGUCGGAGGUCAAAUGCACAUCAUAGAGGAGCUGCAGCUUUUUGAGAACCCUCAGCCUGUAGACAGCAUGGUCAUCUCCCAGACACAGGGAAGUGUCUAUGUGGGCUCCAACUCUGCAGUGCUCCAGGUCCCCUUGUCCUCCUGCCAGCGCUACACGUCCUGUUUCGACUGUGUGUUUGCCCGGGACCCGUACUGUGGCUGGGACGGGGCGCUGUGUGUGGAAAUAUCCUCACGCACAAACAGCUCCAAUCUAACCCAGGAUAUACAGAAAGGCAACAGAGGCUGUGACAACAGCACAGGAGCUGUAGUCCACCGCAGGCGUACGGUGAUGUCUGGGGACGACAUCCUCCUCCAGUGCGAGCUGCGCUCCAACCUGGCCACGCCCCACUGGACCCUGGAUGGGCACGAGCUCCAGGGCUAUGACCUCGACUCGGGCCACCGCGUGGGCACCGAUGGCCUGCUCCUCAUAGGCGCCCGGGCCGACCAGAGUGGAGACUACCACUGCUACGCCGUGGAGAACGACGUGUGGGUGCCAGUGAGGCUGUACACGGUGAAGGUGCACCCUGACCUGCCCUUCCCUGUGGGGCCAACAGUCACGACGAACACUUUAUCAACCACCGCCACUACCGCCCCACAAAGCACUUUUCUUAGCCCCAGCACCCCCACCGAGCAGCCCCUGCCCUCCCCACCUGCUCCCCUCCCCUUUGGACCCGAGUUCCAGACCUAUAGGCACAUGGAGGCCAUGUAUAUCUCCCUGGUGGCUGUGCUGGGCGGGCUGUGUCUGGUGCUGACCAUAGUGUUGCUCUACGUCAGCUUCUGCAAACGAGGGCCCUACCAGGGCCGCAAGUACUCCCAGGUGGGGCUGCCCGAGUCAGGGGCCGCAGCCGAGAGGAAGAAGAGCUCCCAUUCUCAUCUGGAGCUCAAGACCAUGUCCAUCCAUUGCAACGGCAGGCAAGACAGCAAGCGCGGACGCCGCUCCCUGUCGGCUUCUAACGUGGACGACGUGGGCGACGGCUUCCUUCAGAUUGUGCCUGGGGGAGGGUCUCCGGGAAAGUCGCCGCCCCCUCCCGCCCCGCCUCUCCCAAUGCCGCCGCCCCUGCCUUCCUCAGCGUACGCAUCGUCAGAGUACGCCAACGGGAUGUCGGCCACGUUACCCAGUGUCCUUCGCAAGAUGAACGGCAACAGUUACGUGCUGCUGAGGCAGACGGCGGACCCCGAGGGGAGCACGUCUCCCCUCUACCACUCGUUCACCGAAGAGCUCAACCGCAUCCUAGAGAAGAGGAAGCACACACAAAUGGACCCCCAGCUGCCAGACGAGAGCUCUGUCUAGCCCCCCCCCCCCUCACUUUCCCAUUGAUCUGUUUAUUGGAUUAACCCCAGAGUGCCCCCAAGAGGCAGGAAGGUCGAAUUGUUGUAUUAUACUGCUGCUCUUUACCCAGUGUCAAAGCAACUUGUGGGAGUAUCCAUCCCUAAAACUCAAUGUGCAGCUUCCUGUGACUCGAGACAAGUGGCCCACGUUCCCUCCUGAACACUGGAGUAAAGAAGACUUUCUGACUUUGACCAAACUGGAGCAGUCAUUGAUGUAGUCAUGGUAACCAUUUUGGACACACAUUUUACUAUUACAUGGACCCUUUGAUUGACUUUCAAGGACUUAAGGUCACGUACAUGAUACAUACACAAGUUAGUUACAAUCCUACCUCAGAUCCUUACCCUAUUGGGGAAGUAGGGUCAGUGAUGGUCUGGUCAGCAGGUACACUGACAGCGAGUGCUGUGGUGUAUCGUGGGACACGGGACGAUGAGAGCCCAGGUCAUAUGACCAACGACCAUGGAGUGAGAUGGUGAUGCACGUAAGACUGUGAGGAACUACCAAAUCCGGUAUGAACAUUAUAGACCAUCGUCUAAACUAUUGAGUUCAGAGAACAAUGGGUACGGUAGUUUAGUGCCAUACACGUCUAAGAUGGCUCUUAUUGACCCAGGCCUACAGAACUUCAUAUGAGAGCAAAUAUGGUUGGACAAAUAAUACAUUGCAGUCAUAACUUAAUACCACACACUUAUCUUCAUUUUCUUUUGUGCUUUAUGUAAAUAGCAAUAGUAUCGCUGUGGCAGCCGUCAGUAGCAACAAUGCCAGUUGAAAUGGUUGCGCCGAAACCAAAUUGAAAUGGAACUUUUUAGCAUCUUUGUGUUGUUAGCGUGUCGGAUUGUGUCAAAGGGGGAAAACAGCAGUAUGGAUAGACGGCAGGUUUUAUCUAAACUUGGCGGGAUGAAGACUAUGAUUAAAGAAUGAAGACAAUCGUUAAUGACUGAUCUCUGGUCAGAUUGAUCAGAGAAACUGAGUGGUGAUAAUGAUGAUGAUGGAUCUGAUUGCCAGAGAUGUGUGAGCCCAACAGGAGACCAGAAGGCAAAGAUAUGCAAGAAGCCAGAUCACAUUGAUCUCAGAAGAGAUGGAAAAGAUGGAUGGAAGAAGGAGUGUGUGAGGAACCCUGAUGAUCUGAGCCAAUGACUGCUCAAAAUACACAGAAGGACAAUCAGCACGUGAAAUCUCCAAUGGCAGGGGACUUGGAUAUGGUUAUUGUAGUGUACUUACUACUUACGGUCAAUUGGAAAAUAGGCUGGCUACUACAGUCAAAUACACACCUCCAGUAUAUACUGUAUGCCCCCGUAAACAUUGUGGAACACUUAUUUCAACAAACAUACUCGCUCACGUCAUACUGUACAGACAUGACAACGUUCAAAUGGAGGUUUAGACAAAGGCCCAGUGCAGCCGUUUUUAUGUCAAUAUCAAAUCAUUUCUAGGUAACAAUGAAGUACCUUACUGUGACAAAAAUAGCUUCUUAGCAAAGGGCAAUUUCUCAAGCAAGAAUGUUGCUAUGACUGUCUGGGAGUGGUCUAAGUGGGGAGGGGGAAACUAGCUGAAAACUAGCUGAUAUUGGCAGAGAGGUUUGGAACUCUUUCCUAUUGGUCUAGUAACUAUGAUGUCACCAGGCAGGCCAAAACUCCAUCCCACCAAAAUAGGCUGAAAACUCAAGGCAGGCUUUUCAAACAGCUCUUACACUAAAAGGGAAGGAUCAUCAAUGUCACAGUAUUAUUCAAACCUCAGUGUGGAAAUACAGUAUAAAUAAAACAGAAAAAUCACAUUUUUGACUGCACUGGGCCUUUAACUCCACAUCACCUACAGAAUACAGUUGAGUUAACAAUGACUAAAUGAUUCAUUUGUGUUAUACCUCUUGCGAGGACUUUUCUUGCUCUGUACAUAAGGAUAUUUAGUAUACCCUUGUAAAGUGUUACAUCAAUGUGUUACAUGUUCUGUGUUGUUUUCUGGCUCGGUGUAGAUAUGACUACUACUUCACAAUCUACUUAGUAUUUUAUCAGCCAUGUAAUUGGCCGUGUCAUGUGUAAUUCUUUGGCCAUCAUUGAACUUGAGGAGAAAAUACAAUUCUCAUACAAGUACCAGUCAAAAGUUUGGACACACCUACUCAUUCCAGGGUUUUUCUUUAUUAUCACUAUUUUCUACAUUGUAAAAUAGUAGUGAAGACAUCAAAAGUAUGAAAUAACACAUAUAGAAUCAUGGUCACCAAAAAAAGUGUUAAACAAAUCAAAAUAGAUUUUAUAUUUGAGAUUCUUCAAAGUAGCCACCCUUUGCCUUGAUGACAGCUUUGCACACGCUUGGCAUUCUCUCAACCAGCUUCAUGAGGCAGUCACCUGGAAUGCAUUUCAAUUAACAGGUGUGCCACGUUAAAAGUUAAUUUAGGCCUCCCGAGUGGUGCAGUGGUCUAAGGCACUGCAUCGCACUGCUAGCUCUGUCACAACCGGCCGCGACCGGGAGACCCAUGGGGCAGAGCACGAUUGACCCAGCGUCAUCCGGGUUAGGGGAGAGUUUGCCUGAGAGGGAUGUCCUUGUACCAUCGUGCACUAGUGACUCCUGUGGCGGGCCGGGCGCAGUGCAUGCUGACAUGGUCGCAAGGUGUACGGUGUUUCCUCUGACACAUGGGUGCGGCUGGCUUCCGAGUAAAGUGGACAUGUGUGCAGUGUGGCUUGGUUGGGCUGUGUUUCGGAGGAAGCACGGCUCUUGACCUUCGCCUCCAUACAGGAGUUGCAGCGAUGAGACAAAACUGUAACAAUCAAUUGGAUACCAUGAAAUUGGGGAGAAAGGGUUAAAAACCACAGAGUGAAGGAAAAGCAGCCAACAAGUGUUCAGCAUAUGUGGGAACUCCCUCAAGACUGUUGGAAAAACAUUCCAGGUGAAGCUGGUUAAGAGAAUGCCAAUAGUGUGCAAAGCAGUCAUUCAGCAUAUGUGGGAACUCCCUCAAGACUGUUGGAAAAACAUUCCAGGUGAAGCUGGUGGCUACAUUGAAGAAUCUAAAAUCUAUUUUAAUUUGUUUAACACAUUUUUGGUUACUACAUGUGUUUUUAGUUACUUCCAUGUGUUAUUUCAUAGUUUUGAUAUCCUUAAUAUUAUUCUACAAUGUAGAAAAUAGUACAAAUAAGGUACUGUAUGUUGUAACUAUUUUGUGCAACUACCCGUAAAGGAUAAAAACACUAUUUUGCAUCAGAUUGACUGGAAAUAAUCCUGUGUGUCAAUGCCCAAGGGCGAAGUCAGUACAGUACAGCAUUAUGCAAAACAUGUUCCAACAGCGUCCUUUUGUCUCGACAGCAUGAUACCCAAUAGUAUUGCUGUUGGGUGAUGAUGAUAAAGUCCUUGGUCAUGUUCAUUAGGACACGCAAUGGAAAACGUUUUAUACAAUGCAAAGACAGGUUGUCCCUCCCUAUUUUAGUCUGUUUUCAUUUGUUUUGGAACCUAAUGAACACGACCCUGUUUUCUCCACAGACUGCUCAACAUAUCAUUGUGAGUAAUUCACACAUAUGAUUGUGACAGGGUAUGGGGGUACAGCACAGGCUGAAAGACUGGUGGGAAAAAAGGCAAGUCUGAGUGGCGGUCUAGGGCCGUAACUAAGCAACAGCAAUCUUUAUUUAGAGCUUUUACACCCAUAGUGUCAGUCAAGCUCUGACAGUUCUCAUCGGGGGGAAAAUGUGAUUUGAGAACUCUACUCUGGUCAGUCUCUGCCUGUAAUCAGUGUGUGAUAAAUAAAUUAUUUAUGUUAAUACUAGUGGCAACCCAACUCCAAUCAAUAGAAAAAACAGCAGUCUGUUCAGUAGAUGUUCUUAGGAUAACAGACUAUAAUUUUUCCCAACUUAAAUAACUAGUAUGAAGUGGAUUCUAUUAAGGUUAACAUCUCCUGUUUUAAGUCCACUCUACAUUCUGACAGGUAACCGUCAAAAAACAUACCCGAAUGAAGAGGCACAAUUUUACAUUUUAUCAAUUGUUUAAACUAUAAUCUAGAACACUGACUUCACAGCCGGAAAAACGUAAUGCCAUCCUCUUUGGUCACCAAACAAAUUGAGAACACAUGACCACAUGACUGUAAUUGCUUUGCAGUCACAGGUGCACUUCCUCUUCCCUUCCACACUCAUGACUCACGCACCCUUUUGCAUUUUACACAAUCAACCUUCGGAUUAUACUAUUUCCUUUCCUGUGACCAGUCACACGCAACCUGUCUGGAACUCAUCCAUCAAGUUCAACCAGAAAUCCUAUCUGACCACUUCUUUUACAGCACCACCCACAGCUAUGUUGUCAUCGGCAGACAAUCAACACGGCGUUCAUACAAGACAUGCUUACAGUAAAGUCUUAUUGUUGGGUAGCUGAUAGAGACGUUCAAGAGCCAUAUGUUUCUGGGUCAUUCCACAAUGUUUAGAUGGUUUUGGAGAUUGGCAGACAUUUUCUAAGUUGAGAUUCUGUUUGAACUGUGGUGUAAUGGCAACUUGAAACACUGCUGUUGGUGUAAAUGAGUACAUAUGCUACAUGCCAUGGAAAAUAAAACAUCUCUACAAUGUG